CUGUCCAACCACGUGUACCCUCUCCUGUUCAUUCAUAUAUUUAAAAAUGUUAAAGUUUCGCCUGGUGUUCGACUGUGCAAAUAUAAUCAAACCAGGUUUUGGAGUGCGAAGUGAAGUGAUUAUGUUGGUGAGCGGACCAUUCUGCUGAGUGACCAUUGUGUUGUGUUGUGCUGUGCUGUUCUGUGGUGAAAGGAGGCACACGUAUAUGUAUACUAGGCCGAGCGAUUGUGUGGUCGCCCGCGAGUGAUCAUGCAACAUCACUGCUUUUUGUGGUUUCCUCAAACAAUAAUGGCGAGAAAAGUGAAAGGUAGUGCCAACGAGUGGGGUAUGAAGUAGUAAGAAACAGCAAAUAAAGUAUAUAUCGUUUCAUGAGUUUGCCCGACAUGCUGAAAACUAAUUAACACUAUGAAAGGAGCAGUUAUGAAUAGCAUAUAAUAUAAAUAGAAAUUUGGAAUUAUGUUCAAUGAAAAAUAGCGUUGUAACAAGUUGUUAAAAUUUUAUUUGUAUCAUAAUAUCUGGCGUUAAUGUGUUUAAGAUGCUUGUGGUGAGUUGUGAAAUAUUUAUGCCUCUUGGAAUGCGAACAGGAGGUCAGUCGUUGGCGGUGGUGGUGGCAGAGAUAACUUCCCCGUCUCCUUAACCUUGUCGAAUUCUUCCUGGGCUGUCACCACACAUGAAAGGGGAAUGGAUUGGCCCUCCACCGACGGAGGCGUGAUCUUUGUACCGCAUAGUGCCAGGAGUGCGUUGACUUUGCCAUUAUUAUAUCUUGACAGCUAUUACUUUGUCAAUGUCUAGACGUGAAACAUAAUAAUCUUGUUUGAUGUCCACGUCAUUAAGAAAUUAUCAGAAAAUUAAGCUCAGAUCUGUAUUCAAGCGAUGUAGAUUUAUCUGUCAUAUCAAUAAAAGUGUUAGUUAUGCUUUCUUAUCGUUACGUUUUUACAAUAACUGGCCGCCCAUUCAGAUAAAGGGAGAGAAUCGAGCAGCAGCGCCUCUCCUCACUGCCACACACAGCCUCUUACUUAGCGUUUUCCGUGUUAAUGUGCUUGUUUACUAUGUUAGCUCAUGCAUUCUGAAACUGUUGCUCAUCGGUCUAUCCAUUGGCUGUGUGUGUUUAACAAGUAUAAGUAUACGAGCUGCUGUGACGCCUAGAAAAAAAUAAUAAAACACGGUGAUUAGAGUUGCGAAUUACACAGGCCUCCUUGGAGUGCAUGAACAAUAGUGUACAAUUUACAGAAUCCGCAGCAGUGUUUACAUGUGCCGAAACAACUCCGGUGAACGAAGGUGUUGCGCAGGGAAGAUCAACCUAGCUCUUAGGAAAGGCUGAAUCUCCGCCCUACAUGUAUUUAUCGUCUUUGCUCACUGUUACCACAGACAAGACGUCAGCAGAAGUCUUGCCUUCCCGGGAGCGAUGAAGCAACAGUGACGUCACUGGCCGCGGCGGAAACUCAGAACCUUGACGGAAACAGUGACGUGUGUAAAACAACGAGCGGCUUUAUUCAUUUGUAUACUUUUUUUAAUGUGAUGACGCCUUCUUUUUCUCCUUAUCGCAUAUAUUCAGUUGAUUCGUGACAGGCAUUUAUGUUUACAUGUAAGUGUAUAUCCAUUAGUCAUCAUAGAUAUCUGCAGCUGUUUUACGGUCUCUCUGAACCUUGAAACAAAUCCAGCUGCAUGACCGAACGUGAAGAAAUACUUGUAAUCGUUAGUGUUAGAGGUGCCUCGUGAUAAGCAUUAGCUCCAUAACCUCGCAUAAAGAAAAAAAAAGUAACGCGUCUGAAACCCACUGACCCAUUCUUUAACAAUAUGGUGAACUGAGUCUCCGUAGAUGACUCCCAGUGCCACACACACUUAGUGGCAGACACUUGUGACAUCAGAAACUCGUGAUGUAUUCGUGUUUGGUCACUUUUCCUAUCAGGGAGACAACACUUGGCUCCUACGCGACCCUCUGACUCACCGCCUUGCUCCCAAACAUUUCUGGACACACUCACCACAUGCGUCAGAAAGGAAGCGUUCCGUCUCGUCUUAUCUUAUCUCGCCCCCCGUCUCCGUCUGCUCCUCAACUUCCACCCCUCCCUUAACCCUGUAUCCCCCCUCCCCCCAACCAAGCCGCCGCCGCAACCGCUCUUACCUCCCCCACCUGAUUGUGAGAAGUCAGUCAUCCCUCCGUUCUCGCCACCCUCCGCAAGAGAAAAUGGAGAUAUAUUGGACGGAAAGAACCCCCGCCAUGGACUUUCUGCCGGGCUCGCCCAUCACCGGCGGGCGCGGGGAGGCCGUCGAAGGAGACGCAGAGUUCUUGCGUGCACGUGUGCCGUUCUUCACCGCCGAGGACUUGGCUGCCGUCCAGGUCACCAGGCCGCUGGGGGAGGGCAGCUUCGGCACCGUCAGCAUCAUUUCUCGUAAGGGUCAAAGGGCAAUCAAGAAGGUGCUGAAGUGCGAGGAGAAUGUGGCGCUGCUGCUGUGGGAGGCGCGGGUCACGGCCGAGUUGGAAGGAGCGGGCGGGGCGCCGCGCCUGCUGGCGGUAUGUACCCAGCCGCCGGCAAUCCUUCUCGACUUUGCCGGCCGCACCUACAACGACUUUGUGCAGUGUCAUUGUACAGUCGGCGUUUUUCUGGACUCUCUAAUGAGCAUCGCCGAGCGACUCUGUGAAAUCCACUCGAGGGGCUUCUUACACAACGAUAUCAAGGGCAGCAAUAUCAUGGUCAGAGGCCCUAACCCGCGACCCACCUUCCACAUAAUUGACUUCGGCCUGGCCACUCGCAUCGGCGAGCCCUUCAACUUCAACUUCUUUGGGAUGCACUGCCCCUCUCUAAGAAGGUCUUCUUCUUUCCGGUCGCCCGAGACGGUCGAAGGGCUGCCGUUGGGGCCCGCCAGCGAUGUGUUCAGCGUUGGUGUGAUGAUGAGUGACAUGAUGGACUACGUCAAGUGUUCCCUGCUGUCCCGUCUGCUGGCGCCCCUGCUGGCUCGCUGCGUCCAAGAGAACCCUGAAGAGCGACCCUCAUUGACCGAGCUCACCGAGGAGUUGCUGCUGACCAAGGCCAGAGUGCCGGACAAGUACCAAAGAAAACGUAUCGAGAACAUUCGUACCCAGAGUGGAAACCCAAAGAAAGGAAAACAGCGGCGAUGAUAAUGGUCCUUCGGGGCACCCGACCAACUCAGAGAGAGUAAUUAUGUGGCAUAAUUUUCCAGAGAAUGUAAAUCUUAUUUCGAACUAAUUUAAGUUUUACCCAGGAACAACCAUCGUGUUCCCUCCCUCCCUUCCGUGAUACUGCAAUAAAAGUUGUUGAUAUGGCAAAUCCUCGUAACAUUAUCUGCUGGGUGGACUUCGUUUUAAGUUCUGUUAGUCUUAGGGACCACCGAAGAGACAACCUAAGCUCUCGGGUGGUUGCGCUCAGUACUCUCAGGGCCCCGCCAGACACAACGACGGAGGAGGCAAGAUGCGAGGAAGCUCAACAAGAAGCACAUGACGCCCUGGCAAGAGUGAAGGGAAGCAGAGACACUAUAUUGGCAGGUCCUGUACACCACCUAAUGUGACGCCCGAUUCCUGUUGUAACCCAAAGGGGAAUGGGUAGAUGGAUAGGCAAAGAUUGGGGGGGACACAAUCCUAUAACCCUCCAACAUCACCCAUCAUUUUCUACAUCACUGAAAAAAAUACUCAUUAUAAUCUUACUCAUCACGUCACCCAAAGACACAUCUUAUUUAGAUUUAAUGUUUGUAUAUUUUUGUAACGUUUCACGCAUCAUUUGUACUUUAUUUUCUACCAAUAUUGUCCUCUACAAUUCAUUAAAAUUUUGUAAUAACAUGUAUCUAAUUGAGCCCCUAAGCCUUCCAAUAAAUA